AUGGUCAGCGUAGCAAAUGGCGAAGUCGUGGUACCGGGAGACGUGGUCGACCAACUGAAAAACGUGAAGUUGGUUGGACCAGGUCUGCGUGUCUGUGAUGGCCACGUUGUGGCCCUUCGUUGCGGUGUUGUGACGCGCGACGAAGGUAACGUCUGGAUUAACUAUUUCGAAAAGCGUUACGAGCCGGUAUUGGAUGACUUGGUGGUCGGUCAGGUGGUACAGCAGCUGUCCGACGGAUGGAAAGUACACAUCGGCUGUGCGAUGCUUGCAAACCUGUCGUUUAUGGCUUUCGAGGGGGCCACCAAGCGCAACCGUCCCGACCUGAAGCUAGGCGACGUCAUCUACGCAAAGGUCGUAGAAACGGUCGAGCCGCAGUUGGUAUGCGUCACCCCCGACGGGAAGGCCAAGGGUAUGGGAGUACUUCCACCAGGCGGGAUGGUGGUGCGCUAUUCGCCCGGUGUAAGCCGAAAGCUCCUUUCUCCGAACAGCGUUAUUCUCUCGACGAUAGGCGAAGAUCUGCCCUUCGAAAUAGCCUGCGGUCUCAACGGCUGGAUAUACGUCAAAAGUCGUACGGUCGAGGAUACGCAGGCCGUGUUGAAAAUGCUCCAAUUAGUUGAGUGUUUCCCGACCAGCGGUUGCUCGGUUUCAGAAGUGUUUAAAACAUUGCGCGGAUUUUAG